UGACAACAAAGAAGGGGUUUAUGUUUUGUCCUAUUUCGGUUGAACUGAGAUACUGUAAAUAUAACGUGGGUAUAUGUUUUCCCCCAGUUAAACAACAAUGACAUCCCUCUUCUUGUGUGCUUUGGCGCUGGUGCUCGGUGUUGCCUCCAGCCAAAGUGUAGCUGCCAUUGCUAAAGGCGCCUUCGAUUCUCUUGACGCUAACAAAGACGGCACACUGGUACUGGCAGAACUGAAAGUCUACUUUAACACUGGUGAUGUUGACGGUGAUGGCAAAAUCCCAAAGAGCGAUUUCCUGGCACUUCUCCCAGGAAACAAAGGACAGGCAGAGAGUGAGUUCGCCAAAUACGAUGCCAACAAAGAUGGCGUUCUAACCCUAGAUGAUGUGAAGCUGAUUUUCAACGAGUUCGACACUAAUGGCGAUGGCAAAGUAUCACUAACGGACUUCCAGUCUAAGUAUGCCAAGGUUCUGAUGGUACCACCCAGCAUCCCUAUUGGAGUUGGAAAAUAGGCGAACCCUACUGAAUUGUCUCCGGAAUAAAACACUUACAAA